AUACUCCCGAUAUUUAGAUUCUCCCCCAAUCUCUCCUUCCCGAUUUUCAUCUUCUGCCUCCGACCCACACUUUUCUAAUUCUCCAAUUUCUCACCACCAACCUUUAUCAUACACGCAGUAGCGGAGGGGUGAAGCUCCAUUCACAAACCCAUACACAAAAACGCAUCAUCACUCACAUUCCGGCGAUCCGACGAGGCUUGUAACGGCGACAACCGCACCGACUCUGGUCGUUGGCCAUUCCCGUGCGCCACCGUGACCACUGUGCAUUCUUCCACCGCCAAACCAUCACUGAACCAAGGUCGAAGACGGGAGUCUCUGCACGUUUCGCAUCCUUUCUCUCUCGUUCACGGCUUGCCGAAGAGAGCGGACCGCACCUGAACCCUAAACGGCCACUCUCCGUUGGUGCCUUCGAGAGCUUGGGUUGCUGAACGGAGUGAGGUUGAAGCACAAGCCAUAAACGUGACCGAAGUUGAAAUGGAACCUCGCUGAACUCAGCCUUCACUCCCUCAGGCUCAACGCGACUGGGGAAAAAAAGCUUCCACGGCGACGCUGGUCUCAAAACCCUAGCCUUCUCUCUUAAUCAUCGUAGUUGCUCCUGUGAAGCACUGAGAAAGGGUCUUUAUAGAAUGGAAAGCAAUGAAGACCAAUCACUUUCUGAAUUGGAGGAAGAAAUUUUUGAAAAAUUCAGAGCUUUCAUGACAGGGAUUGCAAAGAUUGAUGAGUUGGGAAUUGCUGGAAGCAGGCUGCUGUCUGGAUUUCAACAAGCGAUUGUUGUGCAGAGUUUAUCAGGAGGCCUCCUAUUGAUAUGAAUUCCAAAUUAGUGGACAAGAUAAUUGUAGCUAAUGAAACUAAGAGAGUUAAAGCCUAUAUAAAUUCUGGAUGCAGGAAGCUGAACGAAAGUAUCCAGAGUCUAACAAACUGUCUAUUGUUGGUGCACUUCAGUAUGUCACUAUUACUCAUCCUGAGUUGGCUGUCAACAAGAUUGGGCAGCAGAUUCUGAUUACAAGAGUUCACUCAUGCACACAAGGACUCUGUAACCUUAUAAGAGAAGCUAAAGAAAUACUCAAUGAACUUGAAGGUCUAUUGGGGGAUGUAACAAGUGCUAUUCAGACUACAGAUGGAAAAUUAUUAGCCUUCUCUGGUCUGGAUUUUGAUGUUGAAUUAAUUGAGCAAACAACCUAUAAUGAUUUGGAGGAAAAGGAUGCUUUGUCUCAUUCUCAAAGUCCUGACAUCACUUCUACCAAGAAAAAGAAAAGUGUCGAUGUCACACAUUUAGCCAUGGUAAUGGCUUUCAUAUAUAGCAUGGUCAAACAAGACUAUUUGAUGCAGGAAAAGAUUGUGUCUGCUUUAGAUCUCAAGAUGUCAUCAGAAGAAUUAGAAAGCUACUGCCAAAUGUGGUCUUUGCGCCCCUUCAUAAAUGACGAGAUCGUGAAUGGAGCUUGGGAACAUAUUCAUUGAACAUUCUGUUUUUUUUAUUAUAGGUAUACAAAAAUUAGUUGUCAUUACUUUUCUAGAUUUUCACUUUAUUUUGACAUUGUUUUUCCUCCACCCCUUUUUGAAAAAAUAACACAUUUGUUGUUAACUGAACCUUCAGCCUCAGCUUUCACAAUUUACACUGUUCUGUUUUUUGUUCUCU